GGCCGCGAGCGCCGCCUCCCAGCCCGCGCCGCCGCGAUGGCGGAGGACAGCGAGUCCGCGGCCAGCCAGCAGAGCCUGGAGCUGGACGACCAGGACACGUGCGGGAUCGACGGGGACAAUGAGGAGGAGACGGAGCACGCCAAAGGAAGUCCCGGAGGGGAUUUGGGUGCCAAAAAGAAAAAGAAGAAACAGAAGAGAAAAAAGGAGAAACCAAAUUCUGGAGGCACCAAGUCAGACUCAGCAUCUGAUUCCCAGGAGAUUAAAAUUCAGCAGCCUUCAAAAAAUCCCACCAUUCCAAUGCAGAAGUUGCAGGAUAUCCAGAGGGCAAUGGAGCUGUUAUCUGCCUGCCAGGGCCCCGCCAGGAACAUUGAUGAGGCUGCCAAACACAGAUACCAGUUUUGGGACACCCAGCCGGUACCCAAACUAAAUGAAGUAAUAACAUCUCAUGGUGCAAUUGAGGCUGAUAAAGAAAGCGUGCGCCAGGAACCAUAUUCCUUGCCACAGGGUUUUACGUGGGACACGUUAGAUCUGGGUAACGCCGAAGUGCUCAGGGAGUUGUACACCCUGCUGAACGAGAAUUACGUGGAAGACAACGACAACAUGUUCCGGUUUGACUAUUCGCCCGAGUUCCUGUUGUGGGCUCUGCGUCCCCCAGGCUGGCUCCCUCAGUGGCACUGUGGGGUCAGGGUAUCUUCGAACAGAAAACUAGUGGGGUUCAUUAGUGCUAUCCCCGCAAGCAUCCGGAUCUACGAAAGCGUGAAGAAGAUGGUCGAAAUCAACUUUCUCUGUGUGCAUAAGAAAUUGAGAUCGAAACGGGUAGCCCCGGUGUUGAUUCGAGAAAUAACCAGAAGAGUGAACCUGGAGGGGAUUUUCCAGGCCGUUUAUACUGCUGGUGUGGUUCUUCCUAAGCCAGUGGCCACGUGCAGAUACUGGCAUCGCUCACUCAACCCCAGAAAGCUGGUAGAAGUCAAAUUUUCUCACUUGAGUAGAAAUAUGACUUUGCAGAGAACAAUGAAGCUAUACAGACUUCCGGAUGUUACAAAAACUGCAGGCUUGAGGCCAAUGGAACCAAGAGAUAUCAAAGCCGUUCAAGAACUAACCAACAGUUACCUGAAGCAGUUUCAUUUAGCCCCGGUGAUGGAUGAAGAGGAAGUAGCCCACUGGUUCCUCCCCCAAGAGCACAUCAUUGACACUUUUGUAGUGGAGAAUGCCAGUGGUAAGCCAACUGACUUCCUGAGCUUCUACACACUCCCCUCCACAGUCAUGCACCACCCAGCUCACAAGAGCCUCAAAGCCGCCUACUCCUUCUACAACAUCCACACCGAGACGCCGCUGCUGGACCUCAUGACCGACGCGCUCAUCCUCGCCAAGCUGAAAGGAUUUGAUGUAUUCAAUGCACUAGAUUUGAUGGAAAAUAAGACAUUUUUGGAAAAACUCAAGUUUGGCAUAGGAGAUGGCAAUUUACAGUAUUACUUGUACAAUUGGAGAUGUCCAGGAACAGAGUCCGAAAAGGUUGGGCUUGUAUUACAAUAGAUGGAUAUUUCUAUUUCGAGAACUCUAACAUCAUCACUCAUAAAUAUUCUAGUUCGUGAUUCCUAGAACUGUCAUUCCAAAGAAGAAUAAAAGCACAACAGAAGUGAAAUCGAAGUAGUCAGUAACAGAAAAGGUGAAAAAGCAUCCCUUCGCGACCAGCAGAAAGCAUUCCUAGCUAGGACAUCAACACUCACCCUUUUCUUUCACUGUUUACCCAUUUGUGGGAGAUGAAAGGAGGGCACAAAGAGCACGUUCCUGUCAUUUUCAACCUUCCAUUGUCUCUUGGUGAAGAGAAGCUAUUUUUUCCACUCUCUAGAAACGGGACUGCUGGUCUGUGGACUGAACAGUAGUCACAGAAUAACGUAAGGCGAUCUCUGCCCUCGUGUGGAGAUAAACUGCGGCCUUUCUGUUUAUUAAGUGUUGGUCUGUUGGUCCACGGAGCAGAAUAAAGCAGCCAUUCGGAAAGUGUCUACUUACAUGACCUCACGUGACCUCAUCGGGAAUGUCUGUGGAACCAGCACCUCUGUGACUCAGUGAUGAGCGGUGGAUGUUCAAGAGUGAGAUAGAAAUGGACUGGUGACUAUGUGUUUCUCAAGGAGCGAAGUUGCCAAAUCAGUAAACACACAGAUGUGUGCUUUCCUCUCCAACAGGUCGGUUGAAAAGCAAGGCUCUGAGCUGAGUAUGCACCCAUGAUGAAUUAGACUUUUCUGGUCCUGCACGGACUUUUGCUGCUUCUCAGCAACAGCCAGGAGAUGUGAGGAAAAGAAAAUAAAAGCUCUCAAGUCAGAAGACACGCCCAGUGGGAUCCGUCAGCGCUAUCAGGACAGUGGUGGUCGGAAUGUUAUUACUUAUGCAGAAUUGCACAUACUCCUUUAUGCUGACUCUAAUUUAUCAUAAAAGCUGUCAUGCGAUAGAAAGAUGUCUUAUUUGUAAAUAAGUAUCAUAAUUUUGUUACUGAUGAUGUUUUUAUCUAGGAUUUGAAAAACCAUGUCUCUCAGUGUACAGAGAUAUGUAUAUAUUGCCAGUAACCCAAGGGGGAAAAGAUGCUGGAUGAGGCCACGUAAACUGGCCUCAACUCCGACACCACAGAGUAAAUACUUCUUCCUGCCUUUACUGCAUUAGUGCCUAGGCCGUUCAGUCCAGAUAAUCUCACUACCUUAGACAACACGAUGCCCUUCCUUCAUGUGACAAGUAAUCAAAGGAAACCAGUCAUCCCCUCUGCCCGGCAGGACCUCGCACUAUGGCCCAUGAGCUAAAGCCAGCCAUCACCCUUUUUUGUACGGCCUACCAGCUAAGAAUGGUCUUCACAUUUCUGAAUGGUUGAGGAGAAAAAAAAUCAAAUGAGUAACGUUUUAUGACAUGAAAAUUGUAGGAAAUUCAGAUUUCAGCAUCCACAAAUAAAGUUUUAUGGGAACACA